GCUUGGUAUUUUCCCAUUUUCAACUCAUUUCACGGCGGCUUUGGGUGGAAUUCGUGGAUUUUCCUGUGUUUUUUGUGACAACAUGACAACAGCGCUCACGGGUAUUUUUCACACUAAAGAGGGGAAUGACCGUGUUUUUACAAUCUGCACAGCUAUUGUGUCCAUUCAUGAGAUUCUGCGAAAAACCCUUCCGAGCACAAUAAAAUAAUGGAAUUCUUGUACAAUGAAGCAUCAUAAAUCUUCCUUGGACAUUCCUAAUUUCUUUUUCAAGGAAUCUUCAGCAUUUCACCCUCAUAAUAUGACUUAUGGAGGCUAUUUGAAUCACUAGAAUCACUCUCGGUCGUGUGAUAAUCAUCUCUUAUUUGGUCUUGGAAAAUUCUGAGUCGCAAAACCAAAACAAAGCCAGAAAACACCGGUAAACUGUAGGAAAAUGCUCCUCCCGAGGCAAAUUCAGCCUGCCAGCACUCGGAAACUCUUCUACUGGGUGAACAUCAUCUUCAACACAGUGGACAAGAGUCGCCUCCGGACAGUCGGUCCGAAUCGCCUGUGCGCCGAGUGGGUGCUGAAGAACGGCGGCGCCGUGAGAUUCUGCGAGAGCCCAAAGAUCCUCCACAACGACUACAAUCUCCUGCCGCCCGAGAGCUCAACUGUCACCGUGAAGGAAAUCGACGCCAGCAACAGCGCCGUGAUGACGAUGGGAUUCGCCCACUUGGAGGGCUGCGCGAAGGUGGACAGAAUCAUCCUGGGCAACUGCAAAUACGCCGACAAUCGCGGCAUGAAGUAUCUGGCGCUGGCGAAAGAAACACUGCGCGAGUUGGAAAUCAGCCAAUGUCCGAAUGUCAACGAUUCCGGACUCCUGCAGCUCUCCAGCCUGACCAAACUGCAGAAGCUCGUGCUGUGCGAUUUGCAGGGCGUGAAGGACUUGCCGGGCAUUGAGCAGCAGCUGAAGAUUCAUCUCAAAGAUUGCCAAUUUCAAGUAACGCCAACGUGA